GCUAUUCUACUGCUAUCCCAUUUUUUGUUCUUUCUCUUCACUUCUGUAGUCAUCUUUAGCUUUGCCUCAGCUUAUUUUACCACUGCUCUCUAAUAGCACAUAUGUUAAACUUUUCACUUCUUUAAUUUAUUUUCUGAUCUGAGGUUCCAAUAUUUUCUCUUAGAUCAAUAUUUUUUUCUUUCAAAUAAUCUUUUAGGUUCCCAAGUUUCCACAACUUUAAUACAAAGAGACCAUUCUGAAUAUUGGGUUUUUGUUGUAUUGGUUUUGGUUAGAUUUUAAAGGAUGUGUUUUUGGUUAAGAAUGGAAAUGGUGGCUGUUUCUUGAAAAGUCAUCUUCAUUGAUUUUGUUUAUUGCAGGAAUCUUUGCCAGCAAAAAUUUCUUAUUUGGAAAAUGGGUAGAGGAAAAGGAAAGACAAAGAAGCAAUCCGUUCGUGAGGAUCUUGUGAGUGGCGAAGAAGAGAAGAUACCGGUGAGGAGAAGGGGAAGACCAUCACAGAAACCAAAGGAUGAAAUAGAGGAGGAAGAAGAAGUUGAGAAGGUAGUGGAGGAAAAAGAUGCCAUCUUGAACAAAGAUAUCAAGAACGAAGUAGCAGAAGAUGGAAAGAAGAGGAAGAGACCUUCACAAGACGGAGAAAAUAAGGAUCCCGUGAAAGAGGAAAAUGGAGUUGGAACUAUAACUAACUCUAAUGACUUAAUAAAGUCAGUUGGAUUCAGACCGAAUGGGAGCAGAAGGAAAAACAAGCCUAGACGGGCUGCCGAAGUUGGUGUUGAGUGCAGAUGAACGCACUUUACUAUUAUUUACAUGUGCUUAUUUUAUUUUAGUCUUUUCAUAAUUGCUUCUUUUUGGAAAUUUCAACUUAAAUUUUGCGAAGAUUUAUGCAGCAAGCUUUAUAUUUGCUGAAUGUAUUGCUCCUAUAUCCCUUCACCAAUUCUCUUUUUGCACGUCUCAUCAGUAUCCAGAAUGAUGUUUCUCCAUAACAUGUAAUUUUUGCUAGUUCCAGUUUGAAAUGUUUGAGUUAGCAGUCUU